AUGAUCAUCACAGAGAAGGGGAGGCGGAACUUUCGCGGCCUGUCGCUGUUUCUAGUCGGACUGAGUUUCAUUCACAUCCAUGUGCGCCGUGUGCUGCUGGAGUUGUUGGUGCGGACAAGAGUUCGGUUCUGGCGAUUCGUGACAAACAUGCCGGCCAGCAGUUCGCUUUUCUCGGGGUUCCGAGUUUUGGGUCUGUACUCGAACCACGUGCCGCACGCGCUCCGGUUCCAUCAGAAACACCGCGAAUUCUACGUGUCGACUUCAGUGGGGAAGAGCGUCCACACAUACAACGUCUCUCGGCUGGGAAUCGUCUCUGUCAGUAACAGCCUCCAUGAGGAAAUCACGUGCUUGGCAGCCGACAGGAUGUUGGUGUUUGCUGCCACAGGCAGAGUGAUCAGCGCCCUCGCCAGGAACAAGGAGGUGGUGCAGCGGUACGACGCUCAUCAGAAGGAGGUUCACCUACUGCUUCCUCUGGGGGAUCAGUUGAUCUCUGCUGACUCCAGUGGUGAGCUCAUCGUAUGGGACGUCCAAGAGGCUGAGAUCUACCUGAAGCUGCAAUUUGAGCCGACCUCAUUUGACCUGUCCGCCAUGACGCACCCAUCCACGUACCUGAACAAGGUGCUCCUGGGAAGUUCCCAGGGUGCACUGCAGCUGUGGAACAUAAAGACCAGCACGUUGUUGUUCACGUUCCCGGGCUGGUCAGCAGGGGUCACUGCUCUGCAGCAGACCCCAGCCGUGGAUGUGGUGGCUAUCGGCCUGGCGACGGGACGCGUUGUCAUCCACAACAUUCGGCUGGACCACACGUUAAUGAGCUUCACUCAAGACUGGGGACCAGUCACGGCACUUGCUUUCCGAACAGAUGGACCUCCCAUCAUGGUGUCGGCAAGUCCUCAAGGUCACCUGGCAUUCUGGGAUUUGGAGCGUCAGCAGCUUGUUGCUCAGCAGAGAAACGCUCACAACUCCUCUGUUGCCGGGGCCACCUUCCUGCAUGGAGAACCUUUGUUGGUGACAAAUGGAGCAGACAACGCCCUCAAGGUGUGGAUCUUUGACCAGGAGGGCGGCGGAGCCAGGCUGCUGCGGUGUCGCCAGGGUCACAGUGCCCCACCCACAGCUAUAAGUCACCAUGGCAACGAUGGCAAGAACAUUCUCAGUGCUGGUCUGGAUGGGACACUGCAGUCGUUUUCUACUGUGCACGACCGAUUCAACAAGAACCUGGGGCACGGCUCCGUCAAUAAGAAGAAGGAGAAGAAAAGAGGGCGGAGUCUCUUGUAUGAGGAGCUGCGACUGCCUCCGAUCACAACGUUCGCAUCAGCUGUGGCUCAUCAGUCAGAUUGGGACGGGAUUGUUGCGUGUCAUCGCGGUCGUCUGGCGGCCACCACGUGGAACUAUCAGCGGUGCACCAUGGGAGCUCAUCACCUGAAGUGUGGGGGUGGUCCUAAAACCUCUGUUGCCACGGUUGUUGACAUCACGUCCUGUGGAAACUUUGCUGUCAUUGGCUCCUCAUGUGGCCGGAUCGAUGUCUACAACUUGCAGUCUGGCCUCCACCGUGGUUGUUUUGGUGAGGACCACAGAGCUCACUGCGGAGCAUUACGGGGCGUUGCCACAGAUGCACUGAACCAGCUGACCUUUUCCACCGCGUCUGAUCACCUGCUGAAAUUCUGGCACUUCAAGAAUCGUCAACAGGAACAGGAGAUGGAGCUGCCGGUGGCGCCUUCCAGCAUGCUGCUGCACAGAGACAGUGGCAUGUUAGCGUUAGCGCUGGACGACUUCUCCUUGUUGGUGAUCGAUGUGGAAACCAGACGAAUCGUAAGGAAGUUGGCCGGCCACCGUGGCAAGAUCACUGGCAUGACCUUCAGUCCGGAUGGACGCUGGGUUGUCACCACGGCGAUGGACUGUUCAGUCCGGACCUGGGACCUCCCAUCUGGAUGUCUGGUUGACUGCUUCCUGGUGUGCAUGGCACCAGUGGCGGUGUCCAUGUCACCGACAGGAGACUUCCUGGCAACAGCUCAUGUGGACAGCAUGGGGGUGUACCUCUGGACCAACAAGAGCCUGUGUGGCCCAGUGGGGCUCCGCCCUCUUCCAGCUGACUUCCAGCCUGCUGUGGAGCUGUUGCCAGGGGUGACUGAGGACGAUGGCGAGCAGGAAAUGACAGAGGUCACGGCGGAUGACACAUACCAGUCUGCGGAGCAGUUGGGGGCGGAACUUGUGACACUGUCUCUGAUGCCAGAGUCUCGCUGGAAGAGUCUUUUGCACCUGGAUGCCAUCAAGAAGAGAAACAAACCUACAGUGCCUCCGGUUGCAGCCACAGCGCCGUUCUUACUGCCCACUGUUCCUGGACUGACUCCCAGAUUCGCCCCGCUGACAGAACCAGACCAGGAAGCUCAGUCAAAGCUGGUCAGUUGGGGAGUGGAUUCACAAAGGUCCAAGUUCAUCACCAGCCUGGAGGCAGGACUCAACUCUGGAUCAUACGAGGAGUCAUGCCGCCUCCUGAAGGACUGCGGGCCAUCUGCCGUCUCCAUCGAGCUUGCUAGUUUGACCCCAGAAGGAGGUGGAGACAGCAGUCUUGUCCAGGCCUUCAUUCAGAUGAUUGACUCCAUGUUGUCCAGUGGGCGGGACUUUGACCUGGCCCACUCUUACCUGGCUCUCUUCCUGAAGGUGAAUCUGCGAGCCCUGACUCAAGAUGCGGACGCCAUGGCCUCGCUACUAGGACUCUCGCAACGAUUGGAGGCGCGCUGGGCGGAGCUGCGAGCGUCUCUGGACCAAUCACUGUGUCUGUUGUCGUACAUGAAGACAUCACUGCUUUAGACUUUUAUUGAACCAUCAGUUGUUGAUAAACAUUGUGUGUCACGUUUAAUGGCAACUCAGUUUUCCUUCACAAGUCAUCACAUCACACUGAUCACAUGAUGCAUCUAGAGUGGGGGUCAGGGGCCUCCCUUUCACACGGUCACUUCAGUGCCUUCCUUGAGAGCCUUUUGUGCGACCUCAUGCAUAUUCAUACGGCAACCACCAGUUUCUCACGACCUCCCUCCUCCAAAGUUUGUUCAAAGAUUCUGGUUGGAUUAGUUUCAACCAGGGACCCGGCUGCAGCAUAUCAAUCAGUAAUCCGGAGCUGGAGGAGGCAAGAGAGAGAUUCAACCUGUCUCUUCAUAGUUGAAACCAGAAU